GCUCGUGCAAUGAAAUGAUCAGGUGGGGAAGCAUGGCACGGUAGAGAUAAGAAGGUGGAUGGAUGGGGGUGGAUGCUCCAAGUUGCCCGUAAGGCACUGCGCGGUCAGACGCGAGAUAUCAGACUCGGCAAACCACUCUUCCGAUCGAGCAGACGCCAUUUUUUUUUGGGUAUAUAGUUUGCUUAUCCUCCGUCGAUGUCCGCCCCGGCACCCUUCACGCUCCUUGAGCUGAGCCUCCGGCACCCUCGACUCUCUCGCCCCCUUCCUCGUCGUCUUCUUCGUCGUCGCAGACAGCCAUGAGCACCGCCGUCGAACAGUCCAGGGCCGACUCGCGCCACUCACACGAGCACCUCGGAAGCACCAGCCCGCCGGCGCCCGUUAUGGCAGAGGAGACCCAGCCGACGCUCGAAAAAAAGCGUUCGCGUUCGACAGACUCGUUCCCAGAAGACAAGGAGCGUGGCCCGGUAGAAACCCAUACCGUUCCGGAGAGCGAGAGGGAUAUUGUGGCCGAGGAAGAACAAGAACCGUCUUGGUAUGCGCGCCAUAAAGUGCUCAUCAACCGCGUCUCGCUUUUCGCUCUCGCAGCCGUUAUUUUGGGCUGGUGGGUCACCUCGAUUAUUCUUCCUGCUACUCGCCACCGGUGGAUCGUCCAGACACUCUGGGCAUGGGUCUUCAUUUCCAUCAUCGCAUUCCGUUUUAUCCCAAAUUCCGUCGUCACUCGUCCGGUGGAAGCAGUAUGGCUUCCUCUCGUCCAGCGACCCUGGUUCGCCUUGCCUCGGACCGUUAGGUAUACGCUCGGCUGGAUCGCUUUGUUCGCAACUAUCUUCGGUUCAGCCUUCGGUUUCCCUCUGACCAGUGGCACGACCUACGCCGACCGCGGUAUCUCUGUUGUCGGCCUCUUCAUCUUCCAGUCAUGCUUCUUCCUGUCUUCGAAGCAUCGCUCACAUAUUCAAUGGAGUACGGUCAUGGUCGGAUUGUUCAUCCAGCAGGCGAUCGCUAUGUUCGUCCUGAAGUCCGGCGCGGGCUUCUCAAUCUUCAAAUGGAUCGCCUUGUUGGCAUCCGAUUUCCUGGAGCAGUCCAAGGCCGGAGCAUCUUUCUUCUUCUCCGACGCUAUCGUCGCUGAGAGCUACUUCUUCGUCAAUACGCUCUCGGCCAUCAUCUUUUUCAUUGCCUUCGUGCAGAUGAUGUACUAUCUUGGAGUGAUGCAAUGGAUCAUCAAGAACUUCGCUUGGCUCUUUUUCAAGGCGAUGAACGUCUCUGGUGCCGAAGCUGUCGUAGCCGCAGCCUCGCCCUUCAUCGGCCAGGGUGAAUCUGCAUGUCUCGUCAAGCCAUUCGUCGACUACAUGACACCCUCCGAAUUCCAUCUCGUCAUGACCUCCGGUUUCUCCACCAUCGCCGGCUCCGUCUUCAUCGCCUACAUCAACCUCGGCGUCUCCCCCACUUCACUCAUCACCUCCUCCGUCAUGUCCAUCCCGGCAUCCAUUGCCAUUAGUAAGUUGAGGUAUCCGGAGUUGGACGAGCCGUUGACUAGGGGAAGAGUGGUGGUGGACAGAGGUGUGGAGAAGAACCCGCCUGCGAACAUGCUGCACGCGUUCUCGCAAGGUGCACUUUUCGGUUUGAUCGUUGCCGGCCAGAUCUUGUGUAACGUCCUGACCAUCCUCUCCCUCAUCGCCACUAUCAACGGCCUUCUCACCUGGGUUGGCCGCGGCUUCGGCUUCCACGCUCUAACCCUCCAACUCAUCCUCCGCUACAUCUUCUACCCCGUCACCUUCUUCAUCGGCGUCCCGCGACACGAGAUCCUACGCGUCGCCGAGCUCCUCGCCACGAAACUCAUCCAGAACGAGUUCGUGGCCUACCUCGACCUGCAGACCAUCAUGGCCUCGGACAACCCGCUCUCGGACCGCGGACAUACGAUCGCUUCGUAUGCGCUUUGUGGGUUCGCGAAUAUCUCGUCGUUGGGGAUUCAGAUUGGAGUGUUGUCGGCGUUGGCGCCGUCCAGGGGGAAGAUCAUCGCGAAGUUGGGGAUGAGCGCGAUGAUUUGUGGGUUUAUUUCGACGUUGCAGACGGCUGGGAUUGCGGGUAUGUUGGUCUAAGCGCGAUGGAUGGGUACGAUUAUUUAAUGCUUGUGAAUGUGAUGGUAUCGACGAACGAAAUGGUGGUAAUGUGAAGCGGCUUGCUUGGGGCUCUGUAGAUCUUGGGAUGUACGUGUAUGGUAUGCCAGUGGUACGGAGGGGUACAUUAUACAUAAUACAUGCGGUGCUCGUUUCUC